UUGUAUAUAUUAUUUCUUCCCACAAAGAAACCUCUUUGGUUUUCUUUCUCCCUACUGAAACUUUUACAUCUCUUCCCUCCUCUAUUCUUUCUUUUUUCUUUCUCAGAAUCCCUCAAAGUCUUUCUAUCCCACACUCAUUCAGUUUGCAGUUUGCACUAAAGUUCUAUCAUACAUUCAAUAACAAAGUGAUGGUAUAUAAUAUAAAUUAGUAUUCACUUUGGUAUUUGUGUAUAUAGCUAGUUUUCACUAGUACCAUUGCAACUAGAGUCACAGAAUUGAGAAUAACACAUGAUUUAGAGGGAAAGAAAUUCGGCAAACUAGUCAUGAAGUUCAUGAAACUUGGAUCUCGUCCUGAUACCUUCUACACUGCUGAUUCAGUAAGGGCAGUAACUUGUGAAGUUUCAAGUGACCUGAUAAUUCAAGUGAAAGGAAGCAGAUACCUUCUUCACAAGUUUCCCCUUCUUUCCAAGUGUUUGCGGCUCCAAAGACUCUGCUCAGAGUCACCUGAUUCAGGCCAGCCUCAGAUAGUGCAGCUCCCUGACUUCCCCGGCGGCGCCGAGACAUUUGAGCUCUGUGCAAAGUUCUGCUAUGGAAUGACCAUAACACUCAGUGCCUACAACAUUGUGGCGGCGCGCUGUGCCGCCGAGUACCUUCAGAUGACUGAGGAUGUAGAAAAAGGGAACUUGAUAUACAAGCUUGAAGUGUUCCUGAAUUCUUGCAUCCUCCAUGGCUGGAAGGACUCAAUUGUGACACUACAAACCACAAAAUCAAUGGCUCUGUGUCUGUGGUCAGAGGACUUGGCCAUUACAAGCAGGUGCAUUGAAGCCAUAGCCUCAAAGGUCUUAAGCCACCCUUCUAAGGUGAGUUUGUCACAUAGCCAUUCUAGAAGGUUGAGAGAUGAUGUCUCUUCUUGCAAUGGAACCGAAAGCAUGAGGCACAAGUCAACAAGUAAGGGAUGGUGGGCGGAAGAUUUAGCAGAAUUGACCAUAGAUUUGUACUGGAGAGCCAUGAUUGCUAUCAAAUCCGGCGGCAAGACGCCGUCCAAUUUGAUCGGCGAUGCGCUCAAAAUCUAUGCCUCAAGGUGGCUGCCAAGCAUCACAACAAAAAGCAAUGGACAUGCCAAGAACAAGAAGGAAGAAUCUCAAGAGUUAUCAGACUCAGAUUCGGAUUCAGCAAGCGAAAUAGCCUCCAAGCAUCGUUUACUUUUGGAAUCUAUAGUGAGCUUGCUACCUGCUGAAAGAGGUGCUGUUUCUUGCAGCUUUCUUCUUAAGCUCUUGAAGGCUUGCAAUAUUCUGAAUGCAUCUUGUUCUUCAAAGAGUGAAUUGGCAAGAAGAGUAGGACUUCAAUUGGAUGAAGCAACAGUGAAUGAUCUUUUGAUACCUUCACUUUCUCACACAAAUGAUAUGGCUUAUGAUGUGGAUUUGGUGAUGGCAAUAUUGGAACAGUUUAUGUCACAGGGGCAGAGUCCUCCAACUAGUCCUCCAAGAAUGAGGAUGAUUGCCUGCGAGAGAAGGCGGUCGCGGUCGGCCGAGAACAUUGAUUUCGAGUUCCAGGAGAGCAGGAGGUCCUCCUCAGCUUCUCAUGGAUCAAAGUUGAAGGUGGCUAAGCUUGUGGAUAGGUACCUUCAGGAGGUGGCCAGGGAUGUCAACUUGCCUUUGUCAAAGUUCAUUGCUCUUGCUGAGGCUAUACCAGAUUUUGCAAGACAUGAUCAUGAUGAUCUAUACAGAGCUAUUGAUACUUAUCUCAAGGCUCAUCCAGAACUGAAUAAAAGCGAAAGAAAAAGACUAUGUAGGAUCCUAGACUGCAAGAAACUAUCCAUGGAAGCAUGCAUGCAUGCAGCACAAAAUGAGCUACUCCCUCUAAGAGUGGUUGUCCAAGUCCUCUUCUUUGAGCAAGCCAGAGCAGCAGCAUCCGGCGGCGGCAACGGAAAAGUCGCCGACAUACCAAGCAACAUCAAGGCAUUACUGAAAGCACAUGGCAUUGACCCUUCUUCAAAGCAUCCCCCACCAUUGAGUACCACCACAAGCAUUCAUGGUGAUGAUAACUGGAGUGUCAAUGGACUCAAGACACCAAAGCCAACAACAACAGCAACAAGGAAUCCAACUCUGAGAAUGAAGCUAGCAGAGGAUAAAGACAUAGAUAACAUUACCAAUGAUGAAAAUGGGAGAGCUGCUUCUAGAUCUAAGGGUAUUAAUCAACCAAAACGAAUGCUUAGUAAGUUCUGGUCUACAAACAAAGGUGUCACAGGAAAGAAUUAGAGUGAAUUUUUAGAGGAUAGUAGUAAUAUACUCUAUUUUUACUUCAUCUGCAAAAAGGGCCUUGUAACUUCUUAGGCAGAAUCAAAGAAUUGUGCAUUGUUCAUAUAAAACCUAUGAUAAUAAGAUAUGAGAUCUUUCUCAACAUAAGGGGAAAUCUCUUUGGUAAAAA